GCAUUGCGCAACGAUGGCCAGUAGCAAGGUGCGCGACGUGCUUAUCGUCGGCGGCGGCGUCAUGGGUUGCUCGACCGCCUACCACUUGGCCGCCAAGGCCGCGGGCUCCCUGCGCAUCACGGUCCUCGAGCGAAGCUUUGCGUACAAGCGCACGUCAGCCGUGCUCUCGGCCGGCGGCAUCCGAAUGCAGUUUUCGGAGAAGCCCAACAUUGAGAUGAGCCAAUAUGGCCUUUCGUUUCUGCGCAACGCACCCACGGCGCUCGCCGUGCCUGGCCACGACCCCGUCGACGUCAACUUUGUGCAGAACGGGUACCUCUUCCUCGCGACCGAGAAGGGCCAAGCGACCUUGAGCAACAACCACGCCGUCCAGCGAUCGGUGGGCGCGCCCGUCGAACUCUUCACACCCGAGAAGCUCUCACAGCGCUUUCCGUGGCUUGCCACGAACGACAUUGUCGCAGGGGCCCUCGGUGUCCGCGACGAAGGCUGGUUCGAUCCCUGGGCCUACCUGACCGGGCUCAAGCGCAAGUGUGCGCACCUCGGUGUCGAGUUUAUCGAAGGCGAACUCGAUGGCCCGAUGACCGUCGCCAACGACACGAUCGAGCGCGUCACGAUCAAGACAACGAAUGGUGACGGCGUUAGCAUCACGCCGGGACACGUCGUCAACGCCAGUGGCGCAUGGGCGCAAUGGGUCGCCUCGGCCGCCGGCGUCAACGACCUGCCUGUUCGAGCGAGAAAACGCACCAUUUUCGUGUUUCAGUGCCCCGAAGCCGCCACGUGGACGGGCGACGCGUGCUCGCCGCUCGUGGUGGAUCCGUCCGGCGUCUACUUUCGCCCGGAAGGCUGCUCGGGGCAGUUUAUCUGCGGCGUUUCGCCCGACGCCGCGAACGACCCGGACUGCGAGAGCGACGAUGUGCUCCAACCCGACUAUGCGCUCUUCGACGACGUCAUUUGGCCCACGAUUGCGAACCGCGUGCCGGCGUUCGAGGCCAUCAAGAUGGUCAACGCGUGGGCGGGAUUUUACGACUACAACACGUUCGACCACAACGCCAUCAUUGGCCAACACCCGGACCGCAAGAAUUUCUACUGCAUCAACGGCUUUAGCGGUCAUGGCUUGCAGCAGUCGCCGGCCGCCGGGCGAGGCAUCGCCGAACUCAUCCUCGACGGCGGCUACACGAGCCUCGACCUCUCGUGUUUUGGCCUCGAGCGCGUCCGCGCCAACCAGCCAUUUUUUGAAAAGAACAUUGUGUAGAUCCCCGUACCGCGACUCGAGAAACAAAUUUCCUCGCAUCCUCCAACAUCUCUGCGCUUUGGUCGCAUGAAGUACGAAUGUGAAGGAUUGAUUGUAUGACGC